UUUAUUUGACAUCCACACACCAUUUUAAUACUAACACACCACCAGCACAGGUAUUGCGGAAGUGACGCCACGAGUCCCGGAAGAAGGGGGAAUGAAGCGUUCCAUGGAGCAAGAUGGCAGCAAAAUCCGAUGGCGUGGGGGUCGUUACCGGUUUCGCCCAGCUGCACAACCUGGACGAAGCGACCGGUGCCGGGGACGAGGACGCUCUGGACAGCGCGGCCAUACACAUCUGCCACUGCUGCCACACGUCGUCGUGUUACUGGGGCUGCCGGAGCGCGUGUCUGCAGUCUGUUCUCGGGAAGAGUGAUGCUGGAGGAUGGAGACGGCCGCAGCAUCAGCACCAGCCGGAGGAGCGCCUGUGGCUGGACUGUCUGUGGAUCAUCCUGGCGCUGCUCGUCUUCUUCUGGGAUGUCGGGACGGACUUGUGGCUGGCCGUCGACUACUAUUCCAAGCGGGACUAUCUGUGGUUCGGGCUGACCCUGUUCUUCGUGCUGGUGCCGUCGGUUCUGGUCCAGAUUCUGAGUUUCAGGUGGUUUGUUCAGGACUACAGCGGCGGAGGCACGGAGGGGCUCAGCAAAAACGCCGCGGCGGAUUUAAGUUCGCGCAUCUACAGCAGGGACCGAUGGUGUAUGAUCUCUAUUUGGAUAUGGCAGGCUUGCGUGCACGUUCUUCAGAUGGGGCAAGUGUGGAGGUACAUCCGCACCAUGUAUCUGGGCAUUCAGAGUCGACGGCGGAAGGAACACAGGCGACGCUUUUACUGGGCGAUGAUGUAUGAGUAUGCAGACGUCAACAUGCUCCGCCUGCUGGAGACGUUUUUGGAGAGUGCCCCCCAACUGGUGCUUCAGCUCUGCAUAAUGAUCCAGAAGAACCGAGCUGAGACGCUGCAGUGCGUCUCCUCGGUGGCCUCGCUGCUCUCCUUGGCCUGGGUCCUCGCCUCAUACCACAAGCUCCUGCGGGAUUCUCGAGACGACAAAAAGAGCAUGAGCUACCGAGGCGCUCUGAUCCACAUUGUCUGGAGGCUUUUCACCAUCUCGUCGCGCGUGCUCUCCUUCGCCCUCUUCGCUUCCGUCUUUCACAUCUACUUCGGCAUCUUCGUGGUGGUGCACUGGUGCGCCAUGGCCUUCUGGAUCGUGCACGGUGGCACGGAUUUCUGCAUGUCCAAAUGGGAAGAGGUGCUCUUUAACAUGGUGGUGGGCAUCGUCUACAUCUUCUGCUGGUUCAACGUGAAGGAGGGCCGAACCAGGUACCGCAUGGUGAUCUACUACUUUGUGGUGCUCGUGGAAAACACGGUGCUGACUUUCCUGUGGUACGCGUACAGAGACCCGGUAGCCACCGAUUCCUACGCAGUGCCGGUGCUCUGCGGAGUCUACCUAACCUUCGCCUCAGGGGUGGCGCUCAUGGGCAUCUACUACGGGUUCCUCCAUCCCAUGGGACCCAAAAUAAGGCUGCUAGCUGGUUCCUGCUGCGCUGAGCUUCUCUGGGGACUUCCUUUCCCCCCAGAGGCCGAGCCCAUGGCACCCGCUCCCCAGACGUCGCAGCCCGCCCCCACACGGGCUUCCACAGGGGCUUUCGUCCCACAGGACGAUGACGAUGCGGCAGACACCUGUCUACCGGUGUUUCAGGUGCGCGAGCCCGCGCCGGCCUCGGGCCGGUACAGGCUGGACGGACCGCUCAUCAAGAUCGACAUGCCCAGGAAACGUUACCCAGCCUGGGAUGCCCACUUUGUGGACAGGCGCUUGAGAAGGACGAUAAACAUACUCCAGUUUAUGACCCCCACGGCCGUCGGGAUCCGUUACAGGGACGGACCGCUGCUGUACGAGCUGUUACAAUACGAGUCGUCCCUGUGACAGCCAGCGUUCUCUUUCAUUUCUCAUCCCUGUUUUUCAUUUCAGCCAUUCAGAAGUAUUCAUGUUUCUCCAAAUGCAUGUCAUUUUGCUUUCUGGGAAAAAACUAAAUAGCGUAAUUCUGCGUAACAAGUGUUAGCAUGGAGCAAGCGACAAGUGUAUAUAUUUGAUAUGUACAUACAGUCUGUAUUUAUGACAGUAUCUGUUUAGGAACAUGUUCCCGUCCAGAGGAUUUGUACGUGUCUUGGUGUUUACAGCAAGCUAAAACCAUUACAUUGGAGAAAUGGAGAUGGGUUGAACACAUCAGCACAACCUUGUGUCUUUAACACAUUUUUCUUUGUACAUCUGAUAUUUCAGAUCUUAACUUUACACCGUUGUCUCCAGGACUCAGUUUUUUUUUUACUUAUUGUCAACACCGCUGAGCUGCAGGCAAUAACUACAUCCCAUGUCUGCAUGGUAAAGGGAUGACAUAGUUGUUGGGUUAUAAAGGGAACACCUCUUGUGACUUGGUAUAGGGCAUCAAACCUUUUACACAGAAUGACAAAAGUUGAGUCUGUAGUUUAGUGGGAGUAAAGAGGAUUAAAAGCACAACGAAUAGGGAAUGACUUUGAAGUGACCCCCAAUGUUUGGAUUGCUAAAGUGCCCAAUUCAGAUUUUCUUCCGUGAUGUGGUUUUGUUUUCCUCUUUUCUGAUGUCAACCCGAAUGCAGAAAAUAUUCUUCCCUGAUAUUUUUCUAUAUUAUUUUAUGUAUGUGGCCUCAUUUAUUGAAGGGAUAGUUCACGCUGUCUUCGUUUAUUCGCCCUUGUGUCAUUCGGAACCUGUAUGUGACUCUUUGUUCAGUGGAAGAAUACAGAAGAUAUUUUGAGAAAUGUGUCAGUGGUUUGGUGUCCUUACUAUGGAAGUCAAUGGGCAUUAAUGUUGUUUGGUUAUCGACAUUCUUCAAAAUAUAUUCUUUCGUGUUCUACAGAAAAAAGAAAGUCAUACAGGUUUGAAUGAUCAGAACUUUUAUUUUUGGGUGAACUAACCCUGUAACAAUCAAUAUUAUUUUAUUUGUAAUAUUUACGUAGGGUUGUCAAACAAUUAAUUGCGAUUACUGGCAUUCAGAAUAAAAGUUUGUGUUAACAUAAUAUAUGUUUGUGUACUGUGCAUAUUAAUUUUCUAUUUAUAAAAACAUAGGCUACACAAAAAUGCAAAUAUUAAAGAAAAAUAUUAAACUUUAUAAACAUGUAUGUACAUAAAUAUACAUACAUGCACAUAUUGAAUUAUUUAAAUUAUUGGUAAAUAUAAAUUUUCAAUUAAAAAAAUGUCAACAUUUUUGUACAUGUGUGUGUACGUGUUUAUAAAAACAAUAUAAAUAUGCACAGACAUAUAAUAUGUAAGCACACACUUUUAUUCUGGAUGGGUUAAUGGCGAUGAAUCAUUUGACAACCCUUUAGUUUAUUUUCAGACCCAGGCCUUUCAGAAACAAGCACAGCCAAACCCCGCACAAGGUGACGUUCAUGAACGCUCUUCUCCAUUUUUCCAACUUUUUCAAGCAUUUACACUGUAUAAAGUGAUAUCAUCAUCAUCAUCAUCUCGUGUCUGCAUCUUCAUCGAAUAUUCCAAGUAAUAAACUCCUGAGGUGCAGAAAUACAACCGAAGUUCUGCAAUGAACCCCGGCACUCAUAUUUUUCCUAAGUGAAAUUAUUCAAUUGUCAGUUUUUAUUUUAUUCAAAGGUGCAACAAGCUAUUGUCAGUGGAGGUUAUGUUGACCUGAGCGCAUGAACACAACAGUCUCACCACAGGAGGACUUUGCAGCCGGACGCACAGGGCUCAUACUAACAACAAAGCCAAAUCCCGCCUCUCUCUGCUAUUGGUGCGAUCAGCUGCCUGUCAAGGCCGUCUUCUUUGCUUAUUGGUGCUUAUAGGAAAACCUUUUAUUUUCUACACAUGCUGUUUGUUGAUUUAUUUUGGUGCUACAUUUUUAAGCCUUUGUUGAUCUUGUUAUGAAGUGUGGUGUUUGGUGAGAACUUUACUUAUUUACAACAUUUGUGGUCUUAUUUUAAAUAUUAUUCAGAGCAUUUUUAAUGUUUGCCUAAAUCUUUCAUCAAAGUGUAAUAUUCCACUCCUUCACUCUAUGGCCAAGUGAACUUUAUACAUAGAGAGACGGUUUUCAGUUUUAAACACUCGUCUCCAGCGAUCAGAUCUGGCUGUGUGUAUGUAUCUCUUAUCUAUUUCAUCAUAGAAACGUACAGCAUCGGUGUUGGUGUUUUCAUCGUCCAUUAAACAUGUGAGAAGGUUCUUGCCAGGUUUGGAAAAUAGCUCUAGAAUUAUAGUCAUUGAUUUUUUUCUGUCUGUAUAUAAGUUUUCAUAAAGUUGCGUCCGUCUGGAUCUCUGCUGGCCCUUUCUCAUAAUAAUCGUCAGUCUUUCUGAGAUUUUAAAGUCCCUGUGAAGCGGAAGUUGUGACAGUUUUAACUUCCGUAUUUUGAUGCAUUUCCGAGUGAAAUGGCUUUCGUCUUUCUCUGCGAUUUGUUUGGAUAAAUAAAAUCAGUCGUUGCAUUUUGAAAUGGAACUUACAGCAGACUGAAAGUUAAAGGGGAGGAGUUAACAGAUGCUCCGCCCAAGCCGUCCAACAUAUGUCAUUUCAGAUGGAAAGUCAUAACAGGAAGGAAGUGUUUUUUAGAUGUUAACUGAAGAUUAUGAGGGCACAAGAAUUUAAAAAGAGAAUGAGCAGCAUUGAUACACUAUUUAUUAAGCAUAAAAGCUGUAGUAUUUCUUGGAAAAAAAAGGCAUUUAGUUUUUAUUUCACUGGGACCUUUAACACACUUGGUGUGAUUCCUCUACAUGAUUUGAUUUGUUUCAGCUCAUCGCAGUGUUCUGGUCCACUGUUGUUUGCUGGAGAAACCUUCAUCUCUUCAUGUUAUUACGUUCAGCUUUGCCAAAUCGUGUUUUGAUUUCUUUCUUAUUUGCCAUCUUGCGCAUGAACAUCUCUGAUGUAGAUGUUCUCCUGCCUCCAGGUGCUAAUACACUGUGAUUCAUUUUUCUACGACCGUAUUUUUCUGCGUAUUAAGCUCGGAUGGUCAUAAUACAUCCAGUAUGUUUAGAUUUUUCAACCUCAAAAAUGUCGAAAUAAAUGUUGUGAAAUAUAAAAACCUCCAAUGUUAUUUUUAAACCAAUGUAGUUUUUAAUGAUGCAUUCGAAGCCUUUUGGUCAAAUAAUAUGUAUUAUUUCUAUUGCAUGUUUUUUGUUUGUAUUCAGGCAGUUUUUCUCUGACAGACUUGAAUAUCGCAAACUGGAAUAUCCGCUGUUGUUAGAAAAGUCAAAGGCUUCCUUGAUAUGCACAUAAAAUUGACUAGACUAGAAUAUCGACGUGUUCAGUUCACGUGCACAUCUUCAUUGAAUUUUAACGUUUUACAUGAAAACAUACGUAUCUGGGAUUUUCAAUAGUCACGUUAAGACAUCAUGAAGGAUUCUUGAAGGUAUCCGCUAUGAUGUCAACACCACGGUGUCUUUUGUUUGCCAUUGUUUUUCCUUCACACCCGUGGUUUAUUUGACCCUGUGGUGCCUUAUCACGUCGGUGCUUUUGAACCGCCCAAGGCUACCAGUUCAGCAAACAACAAUGCCAGUUUUUAUAUUGUUUUCUUUCAAAUGUGCCAAUGCAGUAAGUGGAACCGUAAGUACAGCAAAAACGCAUGGCAGACUGAUGACGUAAACAUUCCAGCGUUUGAUUGGCUGCGGUUCUGGGGGGGCGUGGCUGCAUUGCAUUCACAGACGGGGUGAAGCCAUGCCAGACAUCGGCCUUAUUGUAUUGCGGGAAGCAAAUCUUAGGGCUAAAAGAGUUUAUUUGUCUAUUUGAUGUCCAGCACAGCUUCACCGUUGCCAAGAUCAAUGUCUUUAAGGUGCUAAAACGGAACCAUGUUUUGUAGAAAUGUAUAGAUGUUCUUGUAAAGCCUUACCCUGAUCACUGUAUCAGACCGUUCAUCCCAAAAAAAUUAUACAGACUUGUACAUACUGUAUGAUAGAAAUAUAUUCUCCUGAUGUACAGAAACAGAAUAUUUUUUUUAGGUUUUUCUUUGGAGGGGCGUUUUAUGUGAUAUGAAAAAAGACAUUACAAAUGUAUAGAAAGUUGCAGGUAGCCCUCUUAUACUUUUUCAUAGGAGUCAAACGUUUUCUUUUCUUUUUCAAUAAAAACUCUCCUUAGCACUGAAAUAUCGGAGGACGAGAUCAUUUAUCCUCCAAAAAGUGUCAUCAUCUCAAGUGACAGCGUUUUGUAUUUAAAUGUUUUUAUUUAUUUAUAUAAUGUAUAUAUUCUUUGUAAUAUGAGAGCAUUCAUGUGUUUAUUAAUUCAAAGGCAAAAUUGUACAUGUAAAUAGGUUCACGUUGCGUGGUUUUAAUGAAGAACAUGUUACGAACGACAAGUAUUCAAGGAUAAAUUCAUUUGUUGAUUCCAGACUAUGCAAUAACAAAAUACUCAAAUAAUCUAUCUCACCCAUCUCUGGUGGUUUGAUGCUGUCACGCCGUGUAAAACCAACACUGUUCCGAUAUCAUACAAACUGUCUGUGGAGGUUUACUACUUGUUGUAUUAUGGGAUGGUUUGAGUUUGCUGCGGCGAUGCAGAUGUUUGGUUUUAGUUCAUUCAAUUUGUUUUAUGUCGGUUAAAAAAAUUUGCCAUCCAAUUGACAGAACAACUCUAAAUUCAGUGUUAUAAAGACCUCAGCUAUCGCACCUGAUGGGCUGGGCAAACCAAUGGUGUUUCAGAAAUACACUUUAAAAUGAGACGUGUAGUACAGGGACACAACAUUGUUAAACACAAGAACAUAAUCUUUGGUAUCCAAACAGUACAAAUUGUUUUUUUCUUUUGAGUGAUUUUUAAGAUGCUUUUAGAACCAUCGCUGGCAUAGAGGACAGAUAAUGGCACAUUACCAAAUAUUAUUACACUCAAAUGUAAAGAUAUAUAUAUAUAUAUAAGAAUGGCUUAGCGUGACUUACAAGACAAAAAAAGAUCUUGAGAAAUACACCGCACAAGGUCAAAUGCAUGUUAAAGAGCAUUAUAGAUUGUAAUUCCUAUAGGGCAGCAUUCAGAUUUUGGACAUAUUUUGUUUAUAGUCGUUUGCCCUCUAUGAUGAUAUGAUACAAAAGUGAAAAUCUGAUAUUUUAGUGCAUGAUGAUGUACAGUUAUAGUGUGAUUUCACGAUAGCAUGAAAGUUGAAUAAAGAGGCAGUUGUAUUUUUAAUAUUUCAAAAACGCUGAGCGAAGCUGUUCUGUUUGGAUAUUGAAGUGUUUACCUCUUGAAAGGCCUCAAACAGUUAUCCAGGUACUUAUGGUGAAACGUUGAUUAUUUUCACGAUUUCAGGCUGUGAAAUCUCAACAGGCAUUACGUUCUUCAUGCGAACACGUCCAUUCAAGCAGGGCUCUGAAUUGUCUAAGGUCAAAGUGUGGUGUGUAGACCGUUCUCUGUUAUACGUGUUUGAGAAAUCUAGAUUUUCUGAACUUUAUGCAUCCUUGUGGAAUGUGAAACUGAAUGUUUUGUGUGUUUGUGUAACAGUACUGAUAACGGAGCACAUCUGAACUCCAUACUGAAAAAUCAAACAUCACAUUUGUUUGUUUGUUAAGGUUCCAGGAAUUGUCUGAAGUUGAAAUGUCUAGGAUCAGUAGGAACCUAGACAUGCACAUUAUGUUAAAGCUGUUUUAGAUCUGGAAUCAGACAUUAAUGAAGCCAGUUAUAUUUGGUAAACUGUGAUUUUUCACACAUCAAAUUUCAGUUUUUCACCAUCAAAUCCGGACAUGAGGACUUUGAGGACAAGAGUUUUAUUUUUGUGAUGCCAAAUGUAACUUUGCUAUAGACUUGCUAUAAACUAUCUGAUGGGGAUGCUGUAGAGGGUAAGCCUAAGUAAAAUGUAAAAAAAAAAGUGGGAAAAGCAGAAUGUUUCAUUUUACAAUAACUGGUUAUUAUAUUUUACCCAUCAAUGUGUUGCUUAGGAUUUUAUCUUACUUGAAAGUGAGCAUUAGAGUUAAUAUUCUAAAGUUUGUGCUUGAACAGUUUUGUAGUUUGUUUUUAGAGAAAGAUAUUUUAUACAUGUUAAACUGAUUAUAGUUUUUUUUUCAUUGGAUCUAUGGAUUGUAUUAAUGUUAUCCAGUUCGUUUGAAUGUUAAAACAGAUUAAUGAAAACAAGGUAUACGUUUAUUUUUGGAAAUUCUAUGUGUCGUGUUGUCCAAACCUGUAUGGAAAAUGAAAAUGUGUGUUAUGCUCUAGAUAUCUGACUGUUUCAAUUUGGCUGUAUCUUUGAUAUGAACAGUUGUCUGUGUUUUAUAUUGAAAGAAAUAGAGGAUGAGAUAUAAGGGAAGAGCAUAAUAAUAUUAGAACAACAAACUGUGUCUGUGUUACUUUGCAUGGGUGUAUCAUAGUUGAUGCUUUGAACAGCAUUAAGGUAUAUUCACUUUAUUUCUUUUGUUUAUUUAUGUGUUUUGGAAAUGAGAUGCUGCUGUGGUUGUUUUCUCUGUCGUCUCAUGUGAUUUCAUAAGGAUGCUCGUCAAUAAUCACCAGCAAAAAGUCUUAAUUCCUUUUAUUUACUAUGUGAAAUAUGAGGCAGGUCUAAUGAUCUAAUUAUUGAAAUUUAGUCAAAAUACUGUUCAUGACAUCAAACCAGUCAUGAACUUUAUGGAGUCAUUAAUUUUUUUUAUUUUUUAGUUAUGACUAUGUAUGGCUCCGUCUGAACCCGUAACUCUAUUUUACUAGACAAACAUCACCCGGCAGAUCAGGGUAAUAGCAGCAAUUAUUUUGGAACUCAUUUAUUAUUUGUGAUUCUCAUGGUUAAACAAUGCUUGCAUUGCAUGGUUGCAUUUCCCAUUUUCGUCUGUUUAUGAUUUAGGGAUUGUGCCAGAUGUUCACAUUUUGUUUUCCAUAUUAGAUACGCAACAU